AGAUUUGAACGUUGCGAAAAGCUCCCUUGCCGUGAAAUUAGGUGUUUCUUUUGAAAUGCAUUGUGGUAACCCGAAUAGGUUAUUGGGACGUGGAAGCUCAUUGUUGAAUUUGGAUCAAUCUUCAAUUAUGCGUGCGUAAAGCCCUAAGCCGAGCUUGAUUUAGAGGACGAGCCACUUCCCUUCAUAUUUGUCUGUCCUGACGCGGUUGGAUUUCCACGCUUUAUUCGACAAUGUCGUCGAGCAGCACAUUCGUUGACAAGAUAGAUCCUUUCGCGAAAAGGUCCCUGAAAAAGAAACAGAAGAAGGCUCAGGGAUCCUCCCGGUAUCGAGCAGUGCAAGAGACGGAUUUACAGCCCUUACCGAUGAUGAAAGAUGUUCCUGCCGGCGAACAAGAAGAUCUUUUCAUUCGAAAAUUGCGUCAAUGUUCCAUGUUGUUCGAUUUUCUCGAUCCGGUUGCUGAUAUAAAGUGCAAGGAAGUGAAAAGAAGCACCCUCAAUGAACUGGUGGACUAUAUUACCGCUGGUCGUGGCAUUUUGACCGAAGCCGUUUAUUCUGAAGUCGUCAAAAUGAUUUCAUGCAACCUAUUUCGAUGCCUCCCUCCAAGCGAAAACCCCGAUUUUGAUCCGGAAGAAGAUGAACCAACGCUUGAAGCAUCGUGGCCACACCUUCAGUUGGUCUACGAGUUCUUCUUACGGUUCUUGGAGUCUCCGGAUUUUCAGCCUGGGGUGGCAAAAAGAGUCAUCGAUCAACGAUUCGUUUUUCAAUUGCUGGAUCUCUUCGAUAGUGAAGACCCUCGCGAGCGCGAUUUCCUGAAGACAGUUUUGCAUCGGAUUUACGGGAAGUUCUUGGGGCUCCGGGCGUUUAUUCGGAAGCAAAUCAAUCACAUAUUUCUCAGGUUUAUCUAUGAGACGGAACACUUCAACGGAGUCGCCGAACUUCUCGAAAUAUUGGGGAGCAUCAUCAACGGGUUUGCCCUGCCGUUGAAACAGGAACACAAGCAAUUUCUUGUCCGUGUCCUUCUCCCAUUGCACAAAGUGAAGUGCUUGGUGUUAUACCAUGCUCAACUGGCAUACUGCGUUGUGCAGUUCCUUGAGAAAGACCCAAGUUUAACAGAAGAAGUCGUUCGUGGUCUUCUUCGCUACUGGCCGAGGACUUGCUCGCAGAAGGAAGUGAUGUUUUUGGGGGAGAUCGAGGAAAUCUUGGACGUCAUUGAACCCCAAUAUUUUCGAAAUAUUCAAGAUCCCCUCUUCCGGCAGAUUGCCAGAUGUUGUUCUAGUCCUCAUUUCCAGGUAGCGGAGCGAGCGCUGUACUUCUGGAACAACGAGUACAUUUUGACUCUCAUUGAGGAGAACAAUCCUGUGAUUAUGCCAAUUAUGUUCCCUGCGCUUUAUCGUAUUUCUAAGGAACAUUGGAACCAAACGAUUGUUGCGUUGGUGUAUAAUGUUCUGAAAACCUUCAUGGAGGUUAACUCCCCACUUUUUGACGAGUUGACUGCGUCUUAUAAGGCCGAAAGACAACGGGAGAAGAAGCGAGAGCGGGACCGGGAUGAGCUGUGGAAGAAGCUGUCUGACCUCGGGAAUCCGGCACGGAAAAGCGACGGUAGUGUAACUCGGAGCUUGGUCGGCUCUUCGCGGGACUCAUCGACACCAUUGGGUGUCGAUAGUGUCACCCGUGCUGGACUUGGGAGUGAAACGUGAAUCAGAAAAGUAGGAGUCGACCCGAUAGUGAUAGUUGCUCGUUCUACUUCUUCUGUGAGAUGGUCCCGCUUUCUCCAUGUUAAUAAGUUUCUUUCUGCGUGUUUUGCCGCGCUGGUAAGCGAGCGUCCACCGUCGGCCGGGUCACACGAGCGAGCGUGAAAAUAUGUUCCGCAAUUUAUCCUAAUGAAAUGCUUCUGUGUCUUGCACCUGUGAAAGCCCAUACCAUGGCAAUCUGAAACAAAACAUCUGGAGCUAUCCACGGUGAAGAGCGCGACUGAAAUUAUCUUCGAUUUAUUUUUGAUCAAGUUUAUUUUAUUAUUGAGUGGAUUUAUGCGUGAUCAGUGUUCCGAGCGCGUGUCAGCUUGUUUGACUAGGUAAACAUUUGCGUAUUGCUGCACUUCCUCCAGAUACAGCUUGCUUGGAUCGUGGGCAGUUUCCGCAAUCGACGGUACGACCGUCAUUUAACUCUGUGCCAAAUAUUCCUUCAUUUUCCAAACGCUUGUGUUUGCGUUUUGUUCAAAUGUUGAGUGUUCCAAUUAGCGGUCGUGAUCCGCUUGCCCGUAAGAAAUGCAGCCAGGGCGAGGCUCCAUAGAAUUUGGAGUCAAACGUGCUCGGAGCAUGUGUCCGUAUGAAAAUGUGGUUUUGAUCAGCCAUAAGCCCGCUCAGAAUUGGUUGGAUUUUCAUAUUUUCUGUAAAAGCUCCGGUGAACUCACGCAGACGGCAGCAGUUCUUAUUUGGGCACGUUCCCUGCUUGGAGCGGUACUUUCUUGAAUUUUAUUUCGGUGCUGACGGGAUUUCGAGAAAGGUGCAUUCUUUCUCGGAAUCCGGUGCUCGUCUGGUGUGCGAUUGCAGCUUCUAAGUUUGAAACUGGACCCCUUACCUACUCGUUUGAAGUCGUGAAUGUGGUACUCAGUGUCUUGGCUGUGUCUUCCAGCAUUUGCGCCAAGCAGUCUUGAGUGCAUGAACUCAUGCAUAAUAUUUCUCAAGUCAUUUCUGCGAACAUCGAGGACUCAUUCCUAAAUCAGGGAAGAUGUUGUAGAAAUGAAUUUCAUUAAAAUCAACAAAUUCUGUGAAUCAGAUGCAUUUUAAGGAUUAGAGGUGGUGAGUCUAAACUGUGUAAAACCCGUAUGAGUUUCGUUGAAAACUAUUUUCCCAAUGCGUCUGCCGAAUUUGACAGCGAACGAGAAUGGGAAGACAGUCGUUUUUCUUCUAUUUACUUCAAUAAAGUUGAUGCUUUGUUGCUAUUCAUAUCAUAACCUACAUAUUGCAAAUGGGUGUUUCUGCGGUUUGAGCGCGAACGCACACGAGAUAAGUACCCGCAUUGAAUUACAGAAUUCAGCACUAUCUUAUCGCUCCAAUUUCCUGCAUUGCGUUUUUUAUUGUUUCUCGUGAUGUAUUCGCAAAAUCAAUGGUUCUUGAUUCAAAAAGCUUGCGUGUUCUGGGUGUAGACGAGAACGGAAUCCGCGUGGUGUAGGCUGGAAAAGUGAUCGAGUAAGCGUGAGUGUUUUUGUUUUUAAUGAAAGGCGAGUGAGUGUUGCGAUCGAGUUCAGUGGAAGGGGAGUUCAAUUCGACAGAAAAAAGCUCCGCGAAGGUUGUUUUCCAGAUGCCCGAAAAUGAACGCGUAGGUAGAUUGAGAAUUCGUGUAGCAUGUUUUCCGUUUUCUAGGUGUAAAAAUAACUUCGUGAGUUGUAUGCUGUUGGCAUUAGUUUAAGUUUUGUGUCAGUUAUGGGAAUAACUUCCGAAGGUUAUUUCAUGAAGUUUUUAUGUAUUACUGCGAGAUUGCAUUUUGCAGGCGUUACCAAUACGGGGAGGAUUGCUGGCUGGUAGCCGCAUUCCUUCGAGUUCUUUAUCGCGGAACUGUCCCGCAUGAAGUGGAUAUAAGUCUUAAUUUUUCCGUGGACAGUUCGCUGUUGGAUGCUAAUUUUGAAACGAGAUCGCGGGCAAGAAGGCAUUGGGCCGCCCUGCUUGGUCUGGGCGAUGCUUGAUCCUAUGUAUAAUGGGGACGAUAUUUUUAUGAUCCUUCACGUUCCCUCAAUCCAGUUUUUUUUUUCGUUGGUUGAAUCACGUACCAACGAAUAUUCUGCAAUUUUCACGUGUUCUGGCUGUCGUGCCGUGUACAUCUCGUUGUGUGAGUCCAGCCGGUGAGAGUGGGCGAAGACUGGAGCAUGGCGAGUUUCAGGGGUCGGGGUUUCUUGAGUCUGGGACCAGCAUUGCUCUGGCUCAGCAGCGCGGAAGAACGAUGCAAAGAACGGGAAGGCAGUAUUGUCGCCGCACGCGGCGAUGCUGGCGAUUUCAAUCGGCUUGAAUUUUGAGAGAUUCCGGACACUGUGAGCCGUCUCCGUCGAGUUAAUUCAUACGGUCACGACGAAGCUUUUUGUUUAAGCUCGAGAAAAUUGUAUCCGCUAUUCGCGCUGCUGAGUGUUGUGAUACUUCGUGGCUGCUGCGUCGCAGGUACACCCGCGCCACGUAAGUGGCCCCUGUGCACAUCGCAUCGUCAGCGUUUGGCGCAUGUUGUGCGGCAAUUCUUGUGCUGGAGGUCCAUCGCGCUGAAUUUUUUGAGUAUUUCUUUCACCCUGUCGUUUCUUUGCUCCUGAGCGAAUAUUGAAUAAUUGCCGGACCAUUGACGUCAUUGGUUCUUUUAUUUAAUUUAUUGCUUGUGUGCGAGCUAUUGUCCCCUUGAAUUGGAUUUGUUCGUCUGAAUAAACCAGAACCAUGGUUCCGGGUAAGAAGA